AUGCUCCUGAAGACUGCAAUCGCAUUAUCGCUGUGCUUGGCAACGAGCGUCCGCGCAGAUCCAACAUGGCCAGCAGCGACGGACGAGAUAGAGGAAAUCAUGUACCAGCUCUAUGGCUCCGGGGCGCGCUUGUUCGCAGACACUAUCACCCCCUGCUCUAAAGAAGCCCAUGGGGUUGGCCGGAAGACUGCUUCUGAAUGGCUUCGAGUUGCAUUUCACGAUGUGGCAACAGCGAACACAUUCUUCGGUACCGGUGGCAUUGACGCCUCAAUCAUGUACGAACUGAACAACGGGGAGAACACCGGGCCGGGACACAACACAAGCCUGAUAACCUACGCGGGCUACUUCUCCCCAAGGAGCAGCAUGUCAGACCUGAUCGCGCUGGGGGCAGCGCUGUCAACACGGGUGUGCGGCGGGCCGGCCGUGCCCGUCAAGGGCGGCCGGGUGGACGCCACGUCCGCGGGCAGCAUCGGAGUGCCCCAGCCACAGAACGCGAUAUCGCUCUUCAUCAACCAGUUCUCGCGGAUGGGGUUCACGCAGGCGGAGAUGAUCGGCCUGGUCGCCUGCGGGCACACGCUCGGCGGCGUCCACACGCCCGAGUUCCCGGCCCUGGUGCCCCCGGGCACGGCGGCGAACAACGAGUCGGCGCUGGACACGACACCCGACGCCUUCGACAACAAAGUCGUGACGGAGUAUCUGGACGGGACGACCAAGAGCCCCCUGGUCGUGGGGCCGUCGGUGGCGCUGAAGCAGAAUGCCGACUUCGUCGUCUUCAACUCGGACAAGAACGUGACGAUGAACACCCUGGCGAGCCCGACGAAUUUUACUAGCACCUGUGCGAGCCUCUUGCAGCGGAUGAUCGACGUCGUCCCGUCGGGCGUGGCGCUCUCCGACCCCAUCCUGCCGUACGCUGUCAAGCCGGUCGGCCUACAGCUGGCCAUGAACAGCGGCGGCGCGACGCUGCAGCUGAGCGGGAGCAUCCGUGUACGGACGACGGGGCUGUCGCAGGCCGUCAGCGGUGUGACGUUGGCGUACAAGGACCGCAGCGGCGCGAGCUGCGACUCGUGCACCAUCUUGGCCACGGUGCUGGCGUCCGGGUCCGGGCUCGACGACACGUUCGACUUCUUCCCCGUCUCGGCCGACAUCCCCGUGGCGUCGGGCAUCUCCUCCUUCACCGUCACCCUAGAGUUCGCCGAUGGCACAACGAAGCUGUACGACAACAACGGCAAUGCCUACCCCAUCUCCGACGCCGUUAUCCUGCAGAAGCCGCAGAGCUGUCUUCUCCAGGGCCCCGGGAGUCUGAACGUGUCGGCGCUCGUUCUCAGCGACCGUGCGGCUACGGUGAAUCUCGGGAUCCAGUACCAGACGCCACAGACUGGGAUAGCAGGUCCGCGGCUCCAGAGCACCAGCGUCGCGAUGGUGGCGGGUACCUGCGUGGGGCCGUACACGUUUUACACGGCCUCGUAUACCAUCCCGGGCGGCCUGUCCCAUGCGGCGAGACUCGACAUCACGAGCGGCAGCGGCACUUCUGCGGUGUCCAACACUUUCAACCUGGCGUCCGACUUGGCUGGGACGUGCCUAGAUUUCUCUGGGGCUGCCGCGUGUGGAAGUGCCCCCUCGUCGUCUUCUGUCGCGAGCUCCACACUCGUCUCCUCCACGCUGUCUACAGUGUCCGUCCCGUCCAGCUCGCUCAGCACUUCCACCCAGUCGACCGUGUCUGUGUCGUCGUCAGUUCCGACCGUGACGAGCUCUAGUACUGUCACUGCAAGUUCAUCUAGCACCUCGGCGGUGGCGACGUUGGCUCACAAGGCUACAGUAGCCGGAUACGAACUCGUGUCUUGCUGGACGGAGGGUACAGGCGUGCGUGCUCUGUCAGCGUCGACGUACUCUGACGACAGCAUGACACUUGAGUCUUGCGCGGCCUUCUGUGCAGACUACAAAUACUUUGGGGCAGAGUACGGAAGAGAAUGCUACUGCGGAAACACGAUUGAUGCCUCCACCGAAGCCGCCCCGCUGGACGACUGCAACAUGGUCUGCUCGGGCUCCAGCGUUGAGUACUGUGGCUCCGGGAAUCGGUUGGAGCUCUACUUCAGCAACAGCUCGGAGCCGGGCACUGGCGGCGGAGGUGGGAGUGGAGGCGAUGGCGGCGAGCCGACACAACCGGAGACUGUCGGCGCGUAUACGAGCAUUGGGUGUGUGACCGAGGCGGACCAGACCAGGGCGCUGACCGCGCGGAGCUUUGUGGAUAGCGGGAUGACGCUGGAGCGUUGUGCGAGUUUCUGCUCGGCUUACACCUACUUUGGUGUCGAGUACGCUCGCGAAUUUUCGGAGCUGGCUCGAUAG